CCUGUGCGCGCGCUCUGCACCUACGUGCUUGGUUGUGAGUUCCCCCUGUGGAGAGCGUCGAGAACAACGGAGCUGACAGCGGCACCUCCAGUCAAGGGGAAGAUGGAGACCAGGGAUUCUGACUUCAACAUACUGUUAGCUACUGAUUCGUACAAGGUCACACACUAUAAACAAUACCCGCCCAACACUAGUAAAGUGUACUCCUACUUCGAAUGCCGCGAGAAGAAGGCGGAUCCGUCCAAACCCCGGAAGGUUAAAUAUGAAAAGACGGUCUUCUACGGCCUGCAGUACAUCCUUUACAAAUAUCUAAAAGGGAAGGUCAUCACCCCUGAGAAGAUUCAGGAGGCACGGGAGGUGUACCGAGAACACUUUCAAGACGACGUGUUCAACCAGAAAGGCUGGAACUACAUACUGGAGAAAUAUGACGGCCAUCUGCCCAUCGAGAUCAAGGCUGUGCCAGAAGGAAGUGUGAUUCCUCGUGGAAACGUCCUCUUCACCGUGGAAAACACAGAUCCCGAGUGCUACUGGCUCACUAACUGGGUAGAGACUAUCCUGGUUCAGAGCUGGUAUCCCAUCACGGUCGCCACCAACUCCCGUGAGCAGAAGAAGAUCCUGGCCAAGCAUCUCAUGGAAACAUCAGGAAGUUUGGAAGGACUUGAGUACAAGCUGCAUGAUUUUGGUUACAGAGGUGUUUCAUCACAAGAGACUGCAGGCAUCGGCGCCUCGGCACACUUGGUGAACUUCAAAGGAACAGACACGGUGGCUGGGAUUGGAGUCGUUAAAAAGUACUAUGGCACAAAAGACCCAGUGCCUGGAUUUUCUGUUCCAGCUGCAGAACACAGCACAAUCACAGCAUGGGGUAAAGACCACGAGAAAGAUGCCUUUGAGCACAUUGUGAAGCAGUUCCCAUCGGUGCCCGUGUCCAUAGUCAGUGACAGUUAUGACAUCUACAACGCCUGUGAGAAGAUCUGGGGUGAGGAUCUGAGGGAGCUGGUGGAGAAACGGAGCGCAGAUGCUCCUCUGUUAGUGCGGCCAGACUCCGGGAACCCUCUAGACACUGUACUGAAGGUCUUGGAGAUUUUAGGCAAGAAAUUUUUUCCUGUCGAGAACUCUAAAGGUUACAAGGUGCUUCCUCCCUACAUUCGGGUCAUUCAGGGUGACGGUGUGGACAUCAAUACACUGCAGGAGAUCGUGGAGGGGAUGAAGGAGCACAGAUGGAGCAUCGAAAACAUUUCGUUUGGAUCAGGAGGCGCACUUCUGCAGAAACUCACCCGAGAUCUUCUUAACUGCUCUUUCAAGUGCAGCUACGUGGUGACAAAUGGAUUGGGGGUAAAUGUCUUCAAAGACCCUGUAGCAGACCCCAACAAGAGGUCAAAGAAGGGUCGUCUGUCUCUGCAUAUGACACAGAGUGGAGAUUAUGUGACCCUAGAGGAGGGGAAGGGUGAGCUGGAGGAGUACGGAGAGGAUCUGCUGCACACAGUCUUCCAUAAUGGGAAGAUCGUAAAGACGUACACCUUUGACGAGGUCAGAGACAAUGCCAGGCUCAAGCAGAGUGAAGUCGAGGAGCUGCUUCACUGAGAAGCCAAAGCUUCUUUCCUCCUGUCCAAACCCACACACUCCUCCUUCCUUCUCCUCCUUCUUUAGCCCGUAACUGUACCAGGUUGGAGAUGUUUAAAACCCCCAGCACUGAUAAAGAUAAUGAGAGAAUGUAACAGAUGGGGAAUAAAAGAGGGGAAGUGAGAGUGAGAAAGUGAUAGAAAAUAAAGAAACUCUCACUCUACCCUGUGUUCUGUGUAUGCACCUGUUUUUUAGUUUGUAGUCUCUAUAAAGCUUCAUGUGUCUUUAUUUUAACCUCGGGGGAAAUAAUCUAAAAUAAAAGGCGAGAUUUAAAUCGUCCGUUUCUCGUCUCUACGCACGAGGACCCGCGACCCUGCACGGUUCUCCCGCUUCCUGCACACUCGACCCAACACGGUAAGGGCUUUGAUAACUGGUGUGUUGGGAGCGGGGAAGCAGUGCAGAGAACCGGAGAUGAGAAACUUUCAAUUUCAGUUAUUUUAAUGAAGUAAUUGUAUAUGACCAAAUGGUUGGGAAAAAAAGCUGUAGAUUUCAUUUCAUGUUCUAGAGAGAGAGAGAGAGAGAGAGUGAGAGAUGUUGCUGAAUGUGAACACCUUGUAUAUGGACCAGGUCUUUACUUUUUAAUGCUGUUUCUUUAUGCAAUCGAGAUGGCUAAUCUGAAGGGAUGCACUUUUCCGACUUUCAUUUUUUUUUGGCCUUAUUCUUAUGUCUUAGUUUCAUUUUCCUUCCUUUAGGGGAAACUAUCCAAAUCCAUUGCUAGAUGUGAAAUGUGUUGUAGGAACCCUCUCUAGUGUAAACAUUGUAAAGUAGCUGUGUCUUGUAAUGGGGGGAGGGAAAAAACUACUUUUUUUUGUACAAGUACAAAUGUCACUUGCCUAUGUUUUCUAUGAUGUAGAGAACAAAAAAAAAUGUCGGUUUUAUUAUUUAAUGAGAAUCAUUUUAGAACAGCUUGGCUUCAGUAUUUUGUAUACUAACUGUUCGUUCAAACUCCAUAAUCAUUAUUUUUUAUGACGGAAGUAAAUAUUGCCUCAAUCCUCCUCGUAAAUAUCCAUAUAUGAUAUGUGGCCAAAAUGCCUUCUCUCUUGUAUAUAAUAUAAUUGUUUUAUUUAAAGAGAGCUGGUUGCUUAGAGGAAAUAGAAGUAUAUUGUUCUUAUUUUUGUCUAAUUCCCAUUUUAUACCAGGCAAAGAAUCCAUUUAUUUGCUAAGUUUCAUUAUGGCUGAAUUUGUUCAGUCAGCCUUGGGGUUUGUGUGUGUGUGUGUGUGAGAGAGAGAGAGUGUGUGUGUGUAUGUGCGUGUGUGUGUUUGGUCUUGUGGCUCUAGAUGUAGUUAAUGAUGCCUGCUUAUUUUAAUUUGUCUGAUAGAUUUAUGUAUAUGUUGGUGUCCCAGUUUUUGUUUUUUUCUCUAUUUUAAACGAAUCCAGUUACAAAAUUGUCAGCACAUUAAAAUCCAACCCUCUCUCUUUGC